UUCAUUCAACAUUCAACAGAUUCAACUUGGAUUUAACUUCAGCCAACUUCAGCUUGUUCAUGGUUGAAUGUUGAAUGUUGAAUGUUGAGUUUUUGUUCUUUGGUUGAGUCUGGUUGAGUGAAGUGUUGUUGAAGGUGUAUGAAAGGUGUAGAAGUACGCGUCCGUUUACAAACUAGACUUAGCAAAGCAACUUAAUUUUAGAGGGAACAACUUAUUAUUUGUGUAGUGUUUUAUUUUAUGUAGAAAUUGAAUACACCCAUCUUAAAACGAAUUUAUAAUAGUCUAGAAGCAAAACCUGUAUGAACAAAGUGAUCAAAAUAUGGGUGAAGAAGAGGAGCAACUAAUCUUAAAUUAUGUAGAUGAAGAAAUUAAGGGGGUCAGUGGUGCUCCUAAUUCAAAAUUAUCUUCAGGUAUUGAUGAAAAUCAAAACGCACAAAUUUUAGUAUCUCGGUGUGUUCAAGAAAAGAAUCGAGUGACUGUGAAAAUAGAAAUUGAAAAUGACUCUCAAGAGGAAGAUUUUGAAUUUUCAAAAAACUCAAAUAGUUUUGAAAUAACCAAUUGUAAUUCUCAAAACGCUGUAAUAAUAAAAAGGGAACCAACAGGAGAUGGUGAAGAUGAACUUAAGAACGAAUCAUUAAACAAAUUAAAAGAUAACAUGGAGAAGAAAAGUAAGAAGGCUAAUAAGAACGGAGUGACUAAACGUGUUAAGAAAGCUGAACGAUUUAAGGCAAAACUCAAGGGCACUGAUAUUAUGACAACUGAGAUAGUUGAUUUAAGUUCUCUGUGUAAAGAGGAAGGUGGAAAACAAGUAUUUCCUUGCACAAAAUGUCUCUAUGUAGGUCAUUCAAAGGCCAAUUUGGAAAGACAUUGUCUUGUUCAUUUGGAUCCAAAAGAAAUUAAAUGGUUUGCUUGUACAGAGUGUCCCUAUAAAUCUAAGUAUGAACAUCAGUUGAAGAGUCAUUAUAUUGUCCACAAAAAACCAGAAGAAAUUGAAUUUUUCCAGUGUCCAUAUUGCGAACAAAAAUGUUCUCGUAAACAUAACUUAAAUAAUCAUAUAAGAUCCAUACAUGCUGAUAGAGAUUAUUCUCUUAAAUGUGCAGAAUGUGAUUAUAAAACUUUUCAAAAGGAAAGGCUAGUAGCUCACAUUAAAAAACACUCAAAAGAAGUGUUCACCUGUCACUUAUGCAAGUUUAUGACUAAACAAGAAAAAUAUUUGCAAACUCAUGUUAAGUUAGUGCAUACAGAAGUAGAGAAACCUUUUCCAUGUGACACUUGUUCAUAUAAAGGAAAAACCAAGAGGGAGCUUGACAGGCAUUAUGAUCGUAUGCAUAAUAAAGAAAAAUUGCAUGUAUACAAAUGCCACAAUUGUUCUUUUAAUUCCAUUUAUAAGAAAAAUCUUGAAUUUCACCUGUUACAUAUGCACCAGAAUUCAAAAGGAUUUACCAAAUUCAUUUGUGGACAUUGCGAUAAGGAGUUUACUUAUAAAAAUGGUCUGAAAACUCAUAUUGUCCGAUGUCACAUUAAAUUACGUGAAGAGGACUGGCACAAAUGUAUGGAAUGCAAAUAUAAAUCCAAAUGUAUCAAUACCUUGAAAAGGCAUAUUAAGAGAAACCACGGUGCGCCCAGGUUACUAUGUAACAAGUGUGACUUCAAAACGAAUCGUCAGAUAUCCAUGGACGCCCACAUGAAGACGCAUGAUGUAGACGGGGAAGAUGUUUUAAAGUGUCCCAAAUGUCCAUAUCGCAUUAUCCAGAUGUCAUCGUUCCUUUAUCAUGUGAGAGUUAUUCACAACAUAAAUGUAACUCCCAAAGAAGCUACGGCAAAGUAUACUGGGGUGGCCUAGCUUUUUGCUGUUUUAAUUGGUAAGACUUAUUUCAUUUAUUGUUUUGUGUUUAUUUUUUAAAAAUAUACUAGAACGUUUUUUAUAGAUUUAAGUGUUUAGACUUUAUUUAUUAGAGCAAUUUAGUUUACAGUUUUCUCAUUAUAAUGACUUUAGUUGUAUAGUUUCUUUUUUUAAAUGUGUCUAUUGUGUCAGCAAAAACCUUAUCAAAUGUUUUUUUUUUUCAAUUAAUCUCUAAAUUAUAUUACUCAAUUUUCUUACCAUACCGUAAUACCGCGUGCGUCUCAAACGUGGCUCACCCCUAUAUUUUUUUUUAUUUUUUUAGUUAAAAAAAACGAGAUUUGGUAUGU